UUCGUUCAUCAUGAUCCGCUUCUUUGUAUUACUAGCUUUACUCUCUGUGUCUUUUGCGCAAUACGGCGGUUACUAUGGAGGUGGAUACCCUUAUGGUGGAUAUGGUGGAUAUCCAUAUGGGGGCUAUCAGAACUAUGGGCAUCCAGGAAUGUAUGGAGGUUACAGUCCAUAUGGAGGGUAUGGAGGCUACGGUGGCUAUGGUCCAAUGUAUCGACCUGGACUCAUUGGAAUGCUUUUGGGGAAAUAAUUGUUUAAAUUCACAUGUAAUUUCUCAAUAAUGUUUAAUUUAAUUUUCAACAUGCAAUAUUAGAUCUCGUAGCAUCAGAAUUGGUUUUUUUUUCGAGUUUGAACUAAAUAAAUUUUUUUGAAAAAUCA